GCCACCGCCACCCCGACCUCCGCAGCAUCAAGAUUAGAUUUUUAUCGGAUAGGGAAGUGAAAGAUACCGUCUUUCCUUCGCCUUUUUGAUCCUCACUUCGACUCCGUCGCAUCGAACCUUAGCGAUGACGAAGCAGAAUGUCGUGCCGGCCGAGAAAGUGGCGGCCAUCGCGGUGGCAGCGGUGGCCGGCUCGUCCCCAAUGUUACCUUACCCGCCACCUCGCGUUUCAAGCCGGAUGAAGUACCUCUCCCAGCUGGAGCUCGGCGGCUGCGUGAUAAACUCGUGGAUGGAGUCCAUGAAGGCCUCUUCCCCCACUCACGCCAAGGCGGCGGUCGCCUUGGCUGCUCCCGCCGACACUGCCGUCGAUGAAGAGCAGUCAUCGUGGGUGAUGCGGCAUCCUUCGGCGCUGAGCAAGUUCGAGCAGAUCAUGAGAGGUUCCAAGGGGAAGCGGAUCGUCAUGUUUUUGGAUUAUGAUGGAACGCUCUCACCCAUCGUCGACGACCCUGAUUCCGCCUUCAUGUCUACCGCGAUGAGAGCGGCACUCAAGAACGUCGCUAGGUACUUCCCCACCGCCAUCGUUAGCGGGCGACGCCUCGACAAGGUGAUCGACUUCGUGAAAGUGGCCGGGCUAUACUACGCCGGUAGCCACGGCAUGGACAUCAAAGGCCCGGCAAAGCCUCGCCAUAACAAAGCGAGGGCUGCGAAACCAGUCCUCUUUCAACCAGCAUGCGAGUUCCUCCCAAUGAUAGAUGCGGUUUACAGAUCACUGAUGGAGAGAACCAAGUCCACUCCCGGCGCGAGGGUGGAGAACAACAAGUUCUGCGUAUCUGUCCACUUCAGAUGCGUGGAUGAAAAGGGAUGGAGUGCAUUAUUCGAGCAAGUGAGGUCUGUGUUGAAGGAGUACCCCAAACUGCGUCUCACGCAAGGAAGAAAGGUAUUGGAGAUUCGUCCCACUAUUAAGUGGGACAAAGGCAAGGCAUUGGAAUUUCUAUUGGAGUCACUUGGAUAUGCCGACAGCAAGGAUGUAAUGCCGGUUUAUAUAGGCGAUGAUCGCACCGACGAAGAUGCAUUCAAAGUUUUGAGGGACAGAGGACAAGGUUUUGGGAUCCUGGUUUCCAAAUUUCCCAAGGAGACAAACGCCACGUAUUCCCUUCUAGAGCCAUCGGAGGUUAGGGACUUCUUGGUGAGGCUCGUCGAGUGGAAGCGCUUGUCGACGAAGGCUCGGUUUUAUAAAUAGGUUUAGAAGUUGCCUUGUGAAAACUUAAGGGGCAUGAAUUAGGGUCGAUGUAUCACUCGGGAACCCGAGCACACCUCUUGGAGAGGUGGAAUCCUGUAAUUGGAUCUGUUGGCAUUCAAGAAACAAGGAACAACAAUUGUUUUCUAA